UAGUGUUAAGCCAACGUUUUAGGAAUUCGCGAGUGCUUGGCUCAACAAACUGAUACUACUAACGUUUGGUUCUUGUGCUUAUUAAUCCCGAUAGAAUUGCCGUUUUUUGUGAACUAUUUGUACCUUACCUCAGUCUACGUGACCAAUCUAAUGUGGUUUAUUAGUUAUCCAUUCAUAGUAUGUUUUGAGUCUUUUUGGUUGCUAACGUUAUAUUUAAUUUAAAAAAAUCUGUAAUAUGUGGGACCGAGCACAACGACGAAAAACUAGUAUAUUAAUAAUCGUAUGCAGCAUUUUUUCAAAUUUGUAUUUUGUUUCUUGGUUUCAAAACCUGGACAAUCGUAGCAAAAUUAGCUAGAAAUAAUGGAUAUUCAAAAUUCUCCCACGCCUUCGACACAAGAAAAUAUUCUAGGCUUGGUGGAUAGCCUCAUAAGAGAUGUUCCCGAAGUAUGUGAUCAACUUGGAAAUGCGGGACAUCCAACAAAUGGAACUUCCGGCACCGUAGACACUACUCGUCAGUCCAGCAAGACGAACAAUCGGCGAGUAAUGAAACUGAAGCAACAGUUAGCCAAGCAGAAUAAAUACAUCAGUGAUUUAAAAAACAAAAUACAAACUCUAGCUGGUCUCACGCCCAAAUCAAUGUCAGAUCACGAAGAACUUGCAUUUCUCAGAAUCAGACUUGACAAAGAGAGUGAGCAAUUGAAAACUUUACUGAAAAACGUUAUCGAAGAGCAGAAAAAAGACAAAACCCAAACAUGGGAGCCAAUUCCUCUAUGCAGUGAUCCUUUCGACGAUGUCUGUCGCAAUGCUUGGGUGUUGGGUAACGUUUCUACUCCAGGUCAACGAUUCUCUUAUGAUUCCAAUCUAUCAUCGCUGAGCUCCAAUGAACAGGUAGACAGCAAGGAAAUGAACGAAAGAUUUGAAAAGGAGCAACUGAAACGAGAUCGAGUCAUUGAAAUUUUGCAGAAUCGAGUAGAUGCACUAACUGCAGAUGUGAUGAAGGUAAAACGAGACAACGAUGUUGUACUGAACAAAACACCAAAGCAAUCAAAAUUUUGUGAAGCGGACAUGAUGAACAGGUUGCGCUUUUACAAGAAUAAUACGGAUGCUCUGGAGCGUAACUUGAAUCAAAUGGGUACUGCAUUAAAUAUCAUACGUUCAGAACUAGGCACAAAUCUUACCGGAGAUCUGAAUGAACCAAUAGGUUUUAGUACUUUUAUCGGACAAAGUAAUAAUAGUACCAUGAGAGACGAAGGCACUAAAACGAUCAUAGGACCAAAACAAGAUGAUGAUCAUUAUAAUACAUUACUGAAAGAGCUUUCCAGAAAGUCGAAUGAGUGUAAAAAAUUAACCGAUCGCAUGGCGAAGGCUUGCUCGUGUCAGAACACAAAUAUAGAACAAAGCGAACUGGAGCUGCUGAAAAGACGGUGCUCAGAGUUGAUGGAUGAGCAAGAAGAGUUUAAAAUUCUUAUGAAGGAACAAUCAGAUCAGUUAGAGGAGUACCGCAACAAGUAUUUAGAAGCUCAACAAAAUGUCGAAGAACAGAAACUUCAAUUGGACAAAAUGGAUGUGGCCAAUCGUCGGAUAGAAGAGCAGAUAAACAUUGAAGUACAAAGGAUAAAAACCAAAUUUCAAGACAAACUACGCCAACUGGCUCCUUUUCCGCAGCUUCUGGAGGCCGAGGAACAACGCGUUAAAGAUUUGAAGAAAUCGAACGAGAAUCUUUUAGAAGAGCUGAAAAUGUCUGCCAAAGAAAUCAAAGCGCUGGAAUAUCGUCUGCACAACAUUCACGCUUCGCAAAACAUUGAACUAGAAAAAGCACAUGAUCUACUCAAGAUCGAAAUCGGACAGAUCUCCGAAUUGCUUAAAGAGUCGGAGAAGAGUAAAGCAAAGCUAGAGGAAAAAUUGACAGCUUCGCAAAAGGAACUAGAUGAGGUGCGUUCGGAGACGGCUAGAAUCAUUGCCAGGGCACAAGAUCGGGCACAGGAGGAUAGAAGAACCGCCCUAGCAAAGCAGCAUGCAUUGGAAAAAGAACUAGCACAAUGUCGUGCUGCCGCCGCAGUUACUAUUAGUAAUCGCGAUGAAGCACUGCGUGAAAUGCAAGGUCAAAUUGGAGUGCUAUCUGCCAGCUUCGAUGAUGCACAGAUUCAAAUACACUCACUGCGUAAUCAACUCACGUUUAUGAGAAAUGAACAACAUGGACCACGUAUCUAAACUGUUACUGUGUAGACGUUACCGUUUGUAGUUAUUCGAAA